GGAAGAGAGUUGUUUACAAACAGCCAAGUGUCAGGAAUGAAAAAGCGAAAGUGCUGCUGAAAAUUAGCAAAUGAAGCGAAACGGUACUUUCCGACACACUAUGGAGGCUCAUGCCAGCCUUUAACGAAUAUAAAUCAUAUCCUGGAUUGAUGUUUUCAGUGUGUGUGUGGGGGCAGUGAGAUAAAGCUGAGCAGGUGCAGUGUCUAAGUUACAAAGAGGUGUUGGCUGUGGGCAGUCAGCAGGACACAUGGCAGAGGAAGGCAACAAGCUGACACUGAGGCGCCUGGAGGCACCGAUCCACAAGUUCAUUAAAGUGGCUCUACCCACGGACCUGGAGAGGCUGCAGAAACACCACAAUAACAUACUGAAGUACCAACAAAGCCAGCAAUGGGAGCGGCUUCAUCUGGAGCAUAUCAAUGCCAGCAGAACUGUUCAGCAGCUGAGAGCUAACAUAAGAGAGAUGGAGAAGCUGUGCGCACGGGUCCGUGCUGAAGACGCCGCCGCUCUGGAUGCGCUCGUCAAGCCGGUCAGAGACAGGGCGUCAGCCGCCGCACAAGACUUCCUGCUUUUGCACUCUAACCCCGUGCCUCAGCCUGUGCCGGCAACACCACCUGCCGCUCAGCCGUCCAGCUGUGUGUCCAGCAGUCUCCACGCAGAUGACGAUGUGUGCGAGGAGCCAGCGUUUGGCAGGCAAAUGCAGCUCCAGCUUCCAGAAAUCCCUGCUGAUCAGAGUGCGGCUGAGUCCUGGGACAACCUGGAAGAGGAUCUGAAGGAACUGAGCGGUUUGGUGACGGAGUUCUCUCUGCUCGUCCAUUCCCAGCAGGAGAAGAUUGACAGCAUAGAGGACAACGUCAACACAGCCGCUGCCAACGUGGAGGAGGGGACCAAGAGCCUGGGGAAGGCGGUGGGCUACAAGUUGGCGGUGUUGCCGGUUGCCGGGGCGCUGCUUGGCGGUGUAAUAGCAGGUCCACUGGGCUUGCUGGCUGGCUUCAAAGCGGCAGGGGUGGCUGCUGCUCUGGGAGGGGGCGCUUUGGGGUUUGCGGGUGGCAACCUGGUCCAGAAACACCGCAAAGCCCGAGUGGAUAUCCAGAUGAAACAACUGACAGCACCGCGUCCAGAAGCACCACCAGAGCCCGAGUCAAACAAGGACAAAUGACCCAGCAGUUCUGGUUAUUCCUCCGACCUCAGGUGCUGACUAAUCACCGAGGUUUCACGGUUGACUGACCAGUCAGAAGCACAAACCAGGCCUGCAGGCGGUGUCACGUUGCCUUAAAGACACUCGAGACUUCACUGAGCUUUGCUGUUACCGAGCACUGUCGUAAAACAAUUCUGUCAUAACAGCUUUAUUUAAGAGUCAGAUACUUUGAUGUUGGCAUGUGAAUGGAUUGUCUGUGAGGAUACUAAUCUCAUUUAUACACACGACUACUGACAUUUUAUUCUGAACACAGCCAAGUAGUUAUAUACACUACAUCUUUACGUGUCCAGUUGGCUCAGUGUGACUGCUUUGGCACCAAAUAAAUCAAGUCGUACACAACCGUUCUGUCAAAUACUAUCACGAAUAAGAACACGGGCCUCAUUCACAAACAAUCUGUGCUUAAACUGUGCGUACAAACGUUUUAUGCACAAAGCUGGGAUUCAUUCAUAUUUUCUUACCUGCAUUUGCUGGUAUUCCGCAAACAAAUUUAGAGCUGCUUCAGACCAUGCGUAUGCCCAACUGAUUAAGGCCCAGGUGUCAUAGAAAACGUAGAAUUCAAAGAAAUGUUAGUGUCAGUGUUUUGUUGAUGUAAAUAUGCUGCUUUUUAUUUUAUCUUCCGUUGGCUUUGGUGGCAGAAAGGAAGCUAGCUGCAUUAACAUGCCCACUGCCCACUCUCCUGGUGCUAACAUUAGUUGACAGUGGUAAGGGGGGUUUGUGACUCUUUCCCCCAGGUAGCCUUGGUGAGCAGGUGGCUUCAUUUUGAGCUGCCAAACCCCUUUAGCACUGUCAACUAAGUUAGCAUCGUUAGCUGUAUAGCCACUGCUAACGGCGCUAACAGUAGGUAACAAAGCUAAAGGCAGGGUUCCCACAUAUUUUUGUGGAUGAAAUUUCAAAACUUCUCCAUGACUUUUAAAGGACAUAUCAGAGUCAAACAUAAUUCCUUCUAGCUGGACAGAAAAUGGAGAAACGUGCGUGAUGGUGAACAAAACACUGUCAGACAUCGGGGGUCAUUAGAGCUCUGUUAAAUUGACGGCUACAGAUGAUAAAUUUGCAGUUGUGUAGCACUAUGUGAUGGUUGUCUAAGCAAUAUUACUGUAACAAUUUCAUUACACGCAACAGUUUUAUUACUUAACCAAAAUUUUCAAUGAUACUCACUUUUCCAGGCCUGGAAAAUGUGAUUGUGAAAUUCUGUGACUUUUCCAGGUUUUCAAUGACCCCGGGAAUACCAUUAAAGGGUUUGUGGCUUAAAAUUGAGCCGCUUACUCACCAGGGAGACUUGGGGGACGGCAGACGGUGGGCACCAUGUUUCCACAGCAACGCUGUUGGGUUGGGAUGGCGUUAACAAGGGUAAUCGCCAAAUAAGCCACCAGACCUGGAUGUUGUGCAGCAAACUGAUUGAAGAGUAGCAAAAUUAACCUAUAGAUAACAUGCAUAACGGGUCACGUAGCCCAGUGGUUCCCAACUGGUAGGUCAUGGUCCAAAAGUGGGACCAUGAGUGACCCCGAGUGGACCCCGUUGGGAACCACUGGACUAGCCAGUUAGAGUCAACUGUUGUUUUCAUUUUUAUUGACUUGACGGCUCAUUACACCAAUUUCUAGUGCCAUAAAAUUGCACAUAUGUAAAGGGUACAUAAAAAAAAUCUGAUUUACCUCCGAGCAGGUGUUAGGAUAUGCAGCCUUGCCAGAUGAUACUGCAGCCUGUGCCUUCAGGAGAGGGCACAUCUUCAAUAACAUGUUUGAAGAGAGUGACGAAUGGCUCAUCAGCUGUUUCUGACUGCUAAGAAUCAACUUCAUCGCUUUCUCUGUGAUCCACCUCAAGGCAAACAAAUUUCCUAUGUAAAGAAAUGGGGGCGUGGCCAUAUGCUGAUUGCAAAUAGGGCACACGCCUGUCAAUUUAGAGUGAUUCUGAUUCACUGAUGCAUGUGUCAUGAAUCUGAUUGUAAUUUUGCAUACACUUAUUUUGUGCGCAAAGUAAGAACAUUUCCAUGCACCUGAGUGAAUGAGGCCUGUUGUUUCAUAAGCUAGCAUCUUUUUUCAGGUUAUUCUUUCUCACCAGGGUUUCUGUUCAGCAGUGAUCAUGCCUCAGUGUUCCUUUAUACAGAAAAUGUCCAAAUGUGAAUGGCUGCACUACUGAGACUGCAAUAAGAAAGAUGAUAUUGAGAAAAGGUUUUUGCGCCCAACGUCACUGUGGUUUUACAUUUAAUGUAAAUUAAAGUGGUUCUGCUUCAGUGUCUGUACAAGUUAUACUGUGUAUAGGUACUGAGUUGUUUCUGACAAGUGUGAGAGCAAAAUUGCACAUAAAGCGCCAAAGUGCCACAUCACUUCAGGGACUGGAGUGGGAGAACCUGCCAUGUAUUGAUGACACUGCUGCUGGUUUUCUGCCAAAUAAAAUGUUUGUUUUCAA